AUCCUUGCCUUUCUGCAGGUGGACACUUCAGCUGCAAACGGCUCCUCUGAGAGUCUGAUGUGGCUCCGUCUGGUUCAAUCUGCCAGAAACAAAGAAGAACAAAAUCUGGAAGCCUACAUCAAGAACGGACAACUGUUCUACAGAUCCCUGCGCAGGAUUGCCAAAGACGAGGAGCUAUUAGUCUGGUACGGGAAAGAGCUGACAGACCUUCUUCUUCUUCACCCUCCCAGAUCUCAAGGAAAAACUCCCGGAACAACCCACUCAACCUGUUUGGAGUGUAAUCAACGAUUUCAGUAUGAUUUUCCUUAUGUGGCCCAUGUAAGAUUUCGUUGCCCUAAGAGAGUCCUUAAUUCCGAUUCCAAUUCUGAACUGGGCAAGGACAAUAGAGAACUCGAACCUCGAAACGUUAUGAUACCUACAACCAAAUAUAACAAGUUAUCCAUUUACCAGCCACAAAAGGAGAACCACAAGCCCACAACAGACUUUCACAACUUGGCCAGGGACUUAGAGAAUUUUAGAGGCCACAGUUCUUCAUCAUUCAGUUCUUCCCCGACAGCCAAAUCUCACAUUGUACGCCAGGACUCGGAGAGCUGCUCUGAGAGCCUCCAUAAAACCAAAAGGAAGUAUGAUGAUCACUUGGAGGACAGUAGACCGAGGAGGAUAGAGUCUUCUGGGAGGUUUAUCGACAGGCCCAUACCUUCUUCUAAGGAGGACUUGGUUUGCAGUCCUCAGUCUUUUAGGGGCAGCUCUUACUUUAAUGUAGAGGAAGGAGAACAGUUGUACGCCCCACCAAGUCCAGAGACAGGAGAGGCCAAAAGAAGCGCAUUUGUAGAAGUCAAAAAGGCUUCCAGGGGAGUGGAAGAUGCUGAGUCAAACUCUGAUGGUAAAGAAAGGUCUCCAUCUCAUCCAGGCAGUCCCAGGGAGGAGAAGAGAUUGAGCAUCAGGUCAGAAAAUCAGUCAGAGGACAAUGCAUCCGUGGGCAGCGCCUUUACAAGUGUGCCCCAGAUGGCAUCUCAAGAGCAGGAAAGAAAAAGUGCUUUCUCCCAACCCACCAGAAGCAGCUUCAACCAUGUAACUCCCCUGCAGGUGAUGGGGCAAAAGCUGGUGUCCAGCGGAGUAGGUUUGGAUUGCCACUCAGAGGGUGUUGGGCCAGCUAGGCUAUUUCAGUCUGAUCCUCUCUCAGUUAAGCUUCAAAGCCCUGAAUUAAAUAGCAACUGCACCCUACCGGGAGGGAUGCCAAAGCAGAGUCCUUUCCUCUUUGCAACUACAUUUUGGCCAAAGAGCACCCCUGCACCCCUUCAAUUGCAGCUGCCUUCUACCCUUACCCUACUUCCUCCUUCCUUCACCUCCCUGUGUCUGCCAGCUCAAAACUGGUGUGCCAAAUGCAAUGCUUCCUUUAGGAUGACAUCUGAUUUGGUGUACCACAUGAGGUCCCACCACAAGAAAGAGUAUGCCAUGGAACCAUUGGUGAAGAGGAGGAGAGAGGAAAAACUAAAGUGCCCCAUAUGCAAUGAAUCCUUCAGGGAACGUCACCACCUCUCCAGGCACAUGACCUCUCACAAUUAAAGUAUGGACAACUUUAGUACUUGGACUUCUAACUGCUCACACACAGUGAUACCUAGGACCAUGGACAGCUCGAGCUUCCAGCAUCCAUUGUGUGGGCUUUAACUCUCUGAAUGCACGCAUUUUCACUUUCCAAGAGUACAUUUUUUAAAAUGUCAUAUAUAUUGCAGCAUAUUGAUGCAUUUGUCAUAUCUUUCUACUUUAAAUUAUGGAGCACUUAUUUAGAUGUAAUUAUCAUUAAUGUAUUUAAGGGUCACUUUUUCUUUGGAGUAUUGAUCAAUACUUGGGUGGGGGCAUUGUCAAUGUGUGCAUUACCUGAUGGCUUGUUCCUACCAGUCCAGAUUGUAUGGAUAUUACAGAGGGCAUACCAGUUACCCAGGAAAUGCAUGACCAUUGCAAUAUCACAACAGUAUGGACUCCUGUCAGACUGUCAUCAACGUAUAUUUCUUUUUUGAAACAAAGUGUAAUUCUGUGCCAGUGGAUUCCAGUGUGCAUAAUUAUUUUUCUUUCUCCCCUCCCCCACCCCAACCAAGGAAAAAAGAUUUAUUAUACUGUAUAGUUUAUCUGAGUAUGUUGAAUGCUUUGACAAUAAAUUGCUUUAUUUUCUGCAAGCCACCCGAUUGUUAGAACAGCUUUCUUUUCUUCUGUUGAGCUAUGCUGUGUAUGUAUUAGCGGUGAUCCUGCCAUGAAAGGCAAGGGUGUUUGGGGUGACUGAGUGCAGCUUUGCUACAGGCUCUUGUUAGCACAUUUUCAACAUGUGAUGUUACAUCUGGUCUCCUGACUUUAAAUCUUAUGAUUAUGUGUCUUCUCCCAUUUACUUGAGCAGAACAUAUAGACACAAAGGGGUUAGUAUUCUGCUGACCCUGCUAGAUAAAUCUGUAUAGAUCUGUAUUUUUAGACUAUUUUUACGCUGUUCAUCACAUUCAGAUCAAAACAUGAGUGAAAUGAGAUAAGGCAGAGUUGGGUUAUUUUGUGCAUUCAGUCGCUUUUGGUGGAAAUUAUUAUUAGAAUGACCUUAACUGGAUUUGUUUUCUCAAUAUUUAGUGGCUAUUUUUUUUUUUUAUACAGAAAGCAUUUUUCAAGUCUGCAGAAAAUGCUUUAUCUAUGGUGCACAAAAUAAAAGAUAUCACUGGGUCAUCAUGGUAACACAAAAUUAA